AUAAUGUUCGCGCAUGCGUAGCACAAUUUACGUUCGGGUGGCGGGGACGGUCUUGGACAAUAAUUCAGCUUGAAAGGGUUCACAGCAUAAAACGUCACGAUUUAUUUUUAUUUAUUUUAUGCGUUUGUUCGCGCUUCCCUUUGGGACGAAUGAACGCAAUUUUAAAGAGCCGUUGGUUCGCGAUAAAGUGGACAUGUCAUUAGAUGACAUAAUUCGGUUGAAUAAAAAAGAGCAACACACAAAAAGGAAACAACCCUACAAAAGUCAACGAACAUGUCGUCGGCAAAGGACUCCUGUAACACAAGGAAACAUGAAAACUUGGUCCAUAAACAGCAAUGGCGGCGUGUUCCGAGGUGGAGGAGGAGCAGCAACUAAAUGAAGAACUCGGGUCAUGCCAGGUGUGCAGAGAGGUCAGGGGGUCGUUAUCCGUCCGGCAGCUCAAAAGAAUACGACCCUCCUCAGGCGACCCAGUCAGGAAAUGUUGGGACUUCUGCUUUGUACACAAAUGUCACCAACAAGGACUCCAGUGGAACGCCAGUCAACAGAUCAUUUCAACUGCGGCAAAGACAUCUUCCUUCUGUGCAUCAGACAGAUGCAUGCCAGGCAACAUUUCUUCAUCACAGGUGCAAACUUUGGCGCAGGAGCUAAAUUCUCACACCCUUAACAUCAGAACUCGACCGUGGCGGGCAUCAACAAGUAGCACUGGAUUCUUGACUGUUUCCAUAGACAAUCCCACGGCCAUUACUCAGCCUGAGCCUCCUUCUGCUUGGACUCUGCACGCCAUGACGGCUCGCUUGGCCAUAAGUAACGUGGAAACUUCAGAGACGAAAAUUCCAAAGGGAGUUCCUCUCAAAUUUGACAUCAACAGUGUUGGGAAACCACAAACGUCAAUGGCUUUGAAUGAAAGAUUCCGCAUCUUCAAAGAACGACGUUCACAAAUAAGUAAAGGCAAAAGAUUUGUUAUAGUGGACUAGGCUUCAGGAAGAACGAAAGCCCACAGAAGCCCAAUACUUCUACAUGUGCGGACUCAUUUACUCACCAACCCCCCCCCCCCAAGUGUCAACUGAGAACAAAACACAACGAUGUGGAUUCCUGUAGACAUUUUAUACAGUUUGUACCUUCAACCAUUGAUGUUUCUGUUGCUGAUGUACUAAGAACUGCAAUGUCCAUCUAUCCAUUUUCUGUGCCGCUUGUCCCCACGGGGGUCGCAGGCGUGCUGGAGCCUAUCCCAGCAGUCAUCGAGCAGCCAAUCGCAGGGCACACAGAGACGGACAACCAUCCGCACUCACACGUACGGGCAAUUCAGAGUGCUCAAUCGGCCUACCAAGCAUGUUUUUGGGAUGUGGGAGGAAACUGGAGUGCCCGGAGAAAACCCACGCGGGCACGGGGAGAACAUGCAAACUGAACCGCAAUGUAUUUUUUUGUUUGUUUGUACAAUUUCAUCAAUUCAAUGACAUUCCUUGUCAUAUUUUCAUUUGACUCCGUUCAACUUUAUACAACAAACUGGAGCUGAAGCAAAGCACAAUACAUAAAAUGAUAAAAUAUAACAAAAGCUAAAAGUGGCUCAAAGAGAUUAAAUAAAAAUAUUCCUUGUCACAUUUUCA